AUGGCCAACAGUCAAACAACUAGCCGAAUAACUCGUAUUGCUAGAGGAGAGGCUAUCGAAGAGGGAACAGUCAUCAUCGCCCCUCCUUCAUCAACCACGACCGUUCCCCCCGCUGCUCCGGCGGAUGAUCUAGAAGGUACUGAUGAUCCCAACAAUGAUCAAUUGGAUGGUGAAACAAUUGAAGAAGAGCGACGUGACGCGAUAGCCAGGUCCAUGGAUAGCUACGCAGGAGAGGAUGAAGUAGAAGAUGAUGAGGUAGAAGAUCAAGAGUCGGAAGAAGAAGAUUCCAAGGACGACACGUACAAUGCAGAAGACGACCAUGGGAGCCCAGACUCUUCAUCUUCGGGAGAAUCUUCAGCUUCAUCCGAUUCCGACUCCAGCACGAAGGCGGAAGAUUCUUCUGAGGAAGAUUCGUGGUCAUCUGAAUCUUCGAAUGAUUCGAGCGACUCGGAUGAUUCGGAAUUGACAGUCAAGGAGAAAAAGAAGCGUUCCAACAUGUCAAUCAAAGCAAUCGAUAAAGUGAUUGCAAAAGCCCUUAAAGCGAAGGAGAAAGCAAAGGCCCUCUUAGCAAAAGAGAAAGCCCCUUCUAGAGUGUCGUCUUCAAAAACCAAGUCUUCAACCAACAGGAAGAGCAUCAAGAAAGAAAACGGCAUUCGUUUUCAAGAAGGAGCACCUUGCAAAUCUUCCCUUCCUACUCUCCAACCUUAUUGGGGAGAGGCCAUGAAGAACUUAUCAGAUAACGUUCCCCUUACCGUUCUGAACCCAACAUUUGUACAGAAAGACAAAGUCGAAAGUAGAAAGAACCAACCCGCCACGUCUUCGUCUAAGAAUACUUGUAACCGAGGUCUCACUCCCCCAUCCGAAUAUGCGAUGACUUUCGGCGAAUGGGUGGAUGGUAUAACCUUGUUGAGAAAGUACCUGAAGAAGGUAUAUCACUUCUCGAUCUUAUCUGAUCAGUUAAGAGGUCACGUGAAGCAUGUCAAAGACAUCAAAACUGACAGAUUGAAUCACAGAGACGCUACCGAAUGCUGGAUGGUAGCUCUCCGGUACGAUAUCUUGUUUAGGGAACAACUGUUCGGUCACAGAGGUAAGGGCGUCCCAGUCCCGGAUGCUAGUAUCUAUGUAGAAAUCAUUGAGAGGGCGGCGAAAGAGAAGGCAACUCGAAAUGGUGAACUCAGCUCAGGAAAUGAGAAUCCAUACGCUAAAGGAGCUCGAUUUGAGCAUCGUGAUCCUAUCACGGGGGUUUGGGAAGAAUGCUCCCGCCCUUAUGAAGAGAUCAAGCAUCAGAAGUCCGUCAACCUAGUAACAGAGGAACAGCGCGUAGAGGUAGAGGUGGAGCGUCUAAUGGUAGAGGAAGAACUCGCCAACACACGUGGUCUUAUCUACCACCUUACUGUCCUUACCGCUCACCCAGUCACAUGUCAGAAUCCUGUGAACGUGUUGUAUAAAUGUUUGACAAAGGUUGGCUGGUUUGCGUUGGCAUUCAACCCCUGGCUCGAAUUAUACGUAUUGCUAGUCUUGAUGUGA